ACAUGAAACGAGAAAACAAAAACUUUUCCGAAGAUGGAAGUGAACGAGCAGCUCUUGAACGCAGCACAAGUCCUCGCCUCUUUUGUGGCUGAAAACAGGCCCUGACUCUGUUUGACACUUGAAGUUAUUUGGCUGCAGCGCACACCGUGUCAGGUUGCUUAUUUCCCUGGUUUUACAUGGAGCACCUGUGUUUUACCUCUCUGUGCACCGAGCUGCUGACUCUGGACCGGCUCAACUUGUUUGCUUUCACCCAGUGCUCCAUUUCUUCAGCAGGUUUCAGGGAUUAACAGGCAGGAAAAACAUCCAAAACAAUAGUGUUCCCUUGCUUCCUUUAAUUCUCAUGAGGCCAUCCGUUAACUGCAGGAAUGGAGAAGUUUCUUCAGGUUGCGCCUCACUCCCUCGCUCUGGUGCUCUCGGAUAAAGAGGACUCCUCAUCGUCAACAUCCUCCACGGCCGUGCUCUCUGUGAAGUUCCAGCAUCACACAGGAUACGAGGUGUUCGCCAAUUUCAAAGCCGUGAACAUGCAGCACUUCUGGAACAAGGCGCUGACACAAGCCCUGUCUGAGAUCUUCUUCCUCGGGUGGAUAGAUGAACAUGUGCUGCUGAUCCGGGGCAAAGAAGUUCAUCUCCAAGUCCUCAGGAACGGAUGGACCAGACGGACGCUCAAACCACCACAGGGUUUUGACAUCAAGUGCAUAGGUGACGUGUCUCCGAUCAGUAUGUCACCUAUCAGCCAGUCACAGUUCAUCCCGCUGGGGGAGAUCUUGUGCUUGGCCAUCUCUGCUAUGAACUCUGCCCACAAGCCGGUCAACCAGGAGGCUCUAGUGGAGCACCUCACUGCCAGCUUUCCAGGCGUGCCUACACCCAGCUCAGAGGUUCUGCGACACACCCUGAACAUGCUGGUACGAGAGAGGAAGAUCUACCCAACUCCAGAAGGCUACUUCAUCGUCACCCCCCAGACCUACUUCAUCACUCCUUCCCUCAUCAGAACCAACAACAAGUGGUAUCACCUGGACGAUCGGCUGACAGAGCGACAACCGCAACAGUCACCACAGCAGCAGCAACCUCAACAAUGCACUUCGCCUCAAUCUGGCAACAUCACUCCAUCCACACCCGGCUGCUUGAGAGAGAGGCCCCCACGCAAGAAUCACAGUGACUCAUACAACUCAUACCGUGAAGAAUCGUCCAGACUUCAUGCCUCUGCUCUACAAAGUAAGUCACCGAAAGAACACAGGGAAGAUUCGAAUAAAAGUAAGCCUCCUAAGGAACACAAAACUGGGGAACCUCCAUCAGGCACGUUGGCCAAGGAGCACCGAGGAGAACCGCCUUCAUACCCCCACCCCCCUCUACCCACUCCCCCUCCUGUCCAGCAAUCGCCGCCUCAAGAAUCUGCUGAGAAGAGCAAAAGCAUCACUUCUUUCCCUUAUAAAACUGACACUCUGACCAAAAAGAAAGAAGGAAGUGGUGGUAGUGGAAAUGGCGAGAAGCAAUCCAAAAGGUUUGGACUCAGGCUCUUCAGGCUGAGUUUCAAGAAGGACAAAAUGAGGCAACUAGCCACUUUUUCAGCCCAGUUCCCCCCAGAAGAGUGGCCUCUUCGUGACGAGGAGGUGCCGACCACACCCAUUCCCCGUGAAGUGGAGAUGGAGAUUAUCCGCCGAAUCAACCCCGACCUUACAGUUGAGAAUGUGGCGAGGCACACGGCUGUGAUGAAGAGGUUGGAGGAAGAGCGUACGCAAAAGAACAAGGCGGGGUCUUCAGCCCAGCACAGUGCACGAAGCAGGAGGGGGAGGGGCCACAGGCGGGCCCCACACGGUAAGUCCCGAUCUCACAGCAAGCCGCGAACCUCCAGAGGAGACCCAUCUGAGGGUUCAAACUGGGACCUAUUGUUCAUGGAAAGGGAUUACCGCUUCUUCAGCCACUCGUUGGUGCGCUCGCCUCGGGAGGCCAUGUACACCUUGGAACGCAGGCGAAGUGGUGGCGCGACAUACCUAGUCCAUAGCAACCCAAACAUUACCGAAUCAUACUGCCCUGUUACCCCUGAGUGGGACGUUUCUGGGGAGCUAGCCAAGAGACGGACGGAGAUGCCCUUCCCUGAGCCAUCACGUGGGACGUGCCAGUCAAGAGUGCAAAGAAGUCAUAGUCACAAUCAGGACAGGAAGUCGCGCCACGACAGAUCAGAUCAAGCUAAGGAGCGCUCUCGAUCCAUGGACAACUCCCUCAAAGGCCCGUCACUGGGGGUGCCAGAAGACUUUGAACCCAGUCUGGAGGAGCGUAGUCAUUACUACACGGACGACGGCACCUUGCGCGCCACGCAGAAGUCCUCCCACUACUCAAGGAUCAUGUUCUCUGCUGCUAAGUUCCACUCUGAUUUUAAUGUGCCUGAUUUGGGGAAAGGGAGUUUAGACGAGUCGAGGAUUCGGAGUACGAUGGAGAGGAACAAAAGCAGAGACAGCUUGCCAACGUACAAUGAGCUAAUGGGACUUUCUCCUAAGCCCUCAACAGAUGAGUACUUCCAGUGCAAUACGUCAAAUGAAACAAUCCUAACUGCCCCUUCGCCUCAGGCAAAAUCAGAAUAUGACACAUUAACCUCAUCAGGGGGAAUCCGAAAGGGCUCUCCAGCUGACCGCCAAACGCCUCACCUCACCUCUCCUCACACGAUGGAGUACAAAGAGGACUUGUCGGCAGCAAAGGGACAGAACGGCUCGGUGCGACUGACGCCAAGCCAGACGCCGGAGCCGGCGCAAAAUGCCCGUUUGACGCCACACCAACACAAUGUAGAUGGAGGGGGAGGAGGCAGUAUGUCGAUCAAGAGGAAAGAGAUCUUCAGCAAGGACACUUUGUUCAAACCUCCACACAAUGCCUUGUCCACAGGCUACGUGGACAGCAGCUACACCAAGUCCGGCACAUUGCGGAAAGCCUCACAAGCCAAAUCAACAGAGGCCCUUGACAAUCCUGAGCCCCAGCAGCCUUCCAAUUCAGCCACUUCCUCAGCGUCACCUGCAGUUUUACAGGGCUGCUUAGAGCCAACAGUCCCCUCCGCCUCCUUUGAUUAUUAUAAUGUAUCAGACGAUGAGGAAGAGGAGGAGGCAGAGGAGGACUCGCACAAAGAGUUGGCGAAGGCAGAGGACAACAAAGACCACGGGGAAGGGGGUGGUAACGGUGGAGGCGGUGGUGGAGGUGGCGGGGAAGGAACCAUGCAGUGGCUACUGGAGCGGGAGAAGGAACACGAUCUGCAGCGCAAACUGGAGACCAAUCUGACCUUACUCAGCCCCAAGGAGACGGAGAACAGCAGCAGCCAGAAGUCGGCCCACUCUGCCCGGUUGGACAGCAUGGACAGCAGCAGUGUCACGGUGGACAGUGGAUUCAACUCCCCCAGGACGCGUGAAAGCCUUGCAUCCAACACAUCCAGCAUAGUGGAAAGCAAUAGACGGCAGAAUCCAGCGCUGAGCCCCGGCCACAUCGGCACCAGUGGUAUCGGACUGCCAUUCAGCUUUCGCGCCAUCCCAGAACCCCCCGCCACGCAGCCUGAGAAAAUCCAGAAGUCAUCGAACUGCCUGGCCUCCAUCACCAGUGUCUGACAGACUGAGACCCUGACGGUGGUGGAGGAGAGAGGAAGUGAGGGGUUUCACCAUUUUAGACCCUCACUUUCCUCAAUACACUCACACACAUCCACACACAUACUCAUAUCUCCAGACUCCUGAGAAUCCAUUUACUGGGACUGUUACAAAAACAGGCAUGGCUUCAGAGACUGUUCCCACAGCUUCAAGAACUUUACUGCAAAAAAGAGAAGAAAAACUACAGAAUAUCAAGACCACUGUAGGUGAAGGAACCUACCUGAGUACUUUGAUUUUGGUGACAUGGACUCUAGUUUGGCUUAUAUCAAGAUUCUUGACUAUUGGUAUUGGAAAGUAGUAGACUAUAGGAUUCAAGUUACAUUUGGAAAUAUCGAAAACUUUUUAUAUUACUUAACAAUACAUGUCCAAUUAAAUGUUCUCCUUCCUGAAAUAGCGUCAAGUUCUUCAGGACGAUUCAAUGUAUCAGCACAAUGUCAAGACAAUAAAAGUUGAUCCUGAGAACAACGAAUGAAAGAUAUAAAAACAUAAAUCAGCUCAGAUUUGUGUACCGCAAUGCAAAUGAUGUAUGUAUACUCGAUACUUUUGAUAUCCUAAUUAUUAUAAUGGUGGUAUUAAAGAUGCUAUGUGACC